AAGCAGCCAGAUAUGUCCCCCUCUUCCUAACUUGUUCUCACACACCACAAGGAGAGAGUGCCGUAUCAUCUGGUCAAUUAGCAUGGAGCGAAUUCCCAGCACAAAGUUUAAACAAAGAAUGUGAGAAGCUGAUAGACCCCUGUGUGUAUGUGUAAGGGGGGGAAGUGAAUGGAUUUAACCCUUCCCCUUGUGCCAAGUUUUUUGAUAGUGACUGCAGACUUCUUCAUGCACGGUGGAUAAUGGGAUUCUGAAGAUGAAGCAGAUAGCUCGCCAGCUUCCCUGGAUUUUGCUGACGACACAGGAUUGCUUUGCCUGAAGAUGGAAACACUGGAGUCGGAACUGACCUGCCCUAUCUGUCUGGAGCUGUUCGAAGAUCCGCUGCUUCUGCCGUGUGCCCACAGCCUCUGUUUCAGCUGCGCUCACCGCAUCCUGGUCUCUCAUUGUGCAUCGAACGAGAGCGUGGAAUCUAUUGCCGCCUUUCAGUGCCCAACGUGUCGUUAUGUCAUCGCCCUCAACCACCGUGGUCUAGAGGGGCUAAAGCGUAACGUCACCUUGCAGAACAUCAUCGACCGCUUUCAGAAGGCUUCAGUCAGUGGCCCCAACUCGCCGGGCGAGAGCCGCCGGGAGCGGCCCUUUGACGGAAGCGCCAUGACGACAGCCGAGCGUAUCCCAUGCCAGUUCUGUGAGCAGGACCCGCCGAGGGCGGCCGUGAAAACCUGCGUGACCUGCGAGGUCUCCUAUUGCGACGGCUGUCUGAAGGCCACCCACCCCAGCAAGAAACCCUUCACCGGGCACCGGCUGAUUGAGCCAGUCCCUGACUCACACCUCCGGGGCCUGAUGUGCCUGGAGCACGAGAGUGAGAAGGUCAACAUGUACUGCGUGACAGACGAGCAGCUAAUCUGUGCCUUGUGCAAGCUGGUCGGGCGGCAUCGAGACCACCAAGUGGCAGCACUAGGUGACAGGUUUGACAAAAUAAAGCAAAGUCUGGAGUCCAACCUGGCCAAUCUAAUUAAGAGGAACAACGAGCUGGAAACGCUAAUGGGCAGAUUAAUUCAGACUUGUCAACAUGUAGAGGUGAACGCAACACGGCAAGAAGACAAACUAACAGAAGAGUGCGACCAACUAAUUGAAAUCAUCCAGCAACGAAGGCAAAUCAUUGGCACAAAAAUCAAAGAAGGGAAGGUGGUGCGGCUGCGGAAGCUAGCCCAACAAAUCUCUAACUGCAAGCAGUGUAUUGAACGAUCUGGCUCCCUCAUCACUCAAGCGGAGCAGACGCUGAAAGAGAAUGAUCACGCUCGCUUCCUGCAGACAGCUAAAAAUAUCUCUGAAAGAGUCUCCAUGGCAACUGCAUCUUCUCAAGUGCUUAUCCCAGAAAUCAACCUGAGUGAUACGUUUGACACAUUUGCAUUAGACUUCUCGCGGGAGAAGAAGAUGCUGGAAAGCCUUGAUUACCUCACAGCACCGAAUCCACCAGCUAUCCGAGAGGAGCUGUGCACCGCCUCGCACGAUACAAUCACAGUUCACUGGACCUCCGAUGAUGAAUUCAGCGUGGUGUCGUAUGAACUUCAGUACACCAUUUUCACCGGACUGGCCAACGUAGUUAGUUUGUGUAGCUCAGCUGACAGCUGGAUGAUUGUUCCUAACAUCAAGCAGAACCACUACACAGUGCAUGGGCUUCAGAGCGGGACCAAGUACAUCUUCGUUGUCAAGGCCAUUAACCAGGCCGGCAGCCACAACAGCGAACCCUCCAGGCUAAAGACAAACAGCCAGCCUUUCAAGCUGGAUCCCAAAUCUGCGCACAAAAAGCUGAAAGUGUCUCAUGACAACCUCAGCGUGGAACGGGAUGAGACUGCCUCAAAGAAGAGUCACGCUCCGGAGCGCUUCACCAGCCAAGGGAGCUAUGGCAUAACUGGCAACGUCUAUAUCGACAGUGGCCGACAUUACUGGGAGAUCCUCAUUGGAGGAAGCACAUGGUAUGCAAUCGGGAUUGCCUACAAGUCAGCGCCGAAGCACGAAUGGAUCGGGAAGAAUGCCUUCUCUUGGGUCUUCUGCCGGUGCAAUAAUAGCUGGGUCACAAGGCACAACAGCAAGGAGAUACCCGUGGAGCCCUCACCUCACCUCCGACGGCUUGGCCUUUUGCUGGACUACGAUAAUGGAUCUUUGUCCUUCUACGACGCUGUUAAUGCUCAGCACCUGUACACCUUUGACAUUGCAUUUGUUCAGCCUGUGUGCCCCACGUUCACCGUGUGGAAUAAAGCCCUCACAGUCUUAACUGGUCUUCCUAUACCGGAUCACCUGGAUUGCACAGAACAGGGAUUUUUAAAAUGAGCCAGCUCAGAAAUGGAAUAUGAAUGCUGCAUGAAAAUACUCGCGUUGCAGAACUGAGCACAUUUCUGUGCCUUACAGUCUCUCUGUUUCAAGAACCCUGAUGACUAUUCCUGUAAAACUGAAACUGUCUGAUAUGGGCCAAGACUGCUGGUCCGAGCACAAAGGUACUAGAUUCCAAGCGAAUCUGUGGAAUGGUCUGAGAAUGACAAGCUGAGACAGCACACGAGGAAUUAUUAGGGAAAUAUAUUAAUGUCAGUGUUGCACAGCGAACAGUUUUUUUUAAAAAGCUGCGCGUAACCAUUGAAUGUUGUCACUGUGGUUGCAAGUUUUCAAAGGAACUGGUUCCUUACUGAUUGAUUCUUGGACUGAGGAUGACAAAGUGACUUCGAGCAAAAAUAAAAGGCUGUCAGGAAUCCAAGAACUCCAUUACUUUGCGAACUGGUAUUAAAAAAAGCAAGACAAAUGGACUUAAAGUGUCCAGUUACAAAUCCCACAUGUAACCGUACACCUGAGACUGAACGCAAGGUGCACUGGAGCAUGCUAGGAUGCCGAUACCAGCCGUGGAAAUUGGUAAUACAAUCUGUUCACAGGUUGCGUCACAAUGACUGCUAUUUAAUUAUGUCGAUCACUGCAUUUAAAGGCACAUUAUCCUCUGCUACCACGAAUUGAGCCUCUGAUGGACAGUAAACUGCAGUGGUCACUUCGUGCAAAAGUUGGACUAAGAAUGAGCCCUUCAGUACGAGCCAGCACAUCCCUUCCUGUGGACUGCUAAUUAUUAACGUGUUCAGUAACUCAGUCAGCAAUCGGACAAUUACAUUAUGCUCAACUGUCAAGACUGCUCCCGUUCACUUUGUUUCAUUAGCAUGGACACCAUGUGCAGUGCCUGAAGGGACAUUUCCACGUAUUAAUGUCGACAGACACCCUGCACCCUUGGCUAUUGAUUUUGUUUUUGUUCUUUAUGAUUUUAAUGAAGCAGCCUGUGUUUUUUUUAUAUUUUGCAGUACUGAAUUCAAUGCCUGAUUCCAGAAUAAAGGACUAUUCAC